AUGGCCUGUGCCCUUCUCUUCAGACUUUUCCUGCUUCUGGCCCUGGAAGCCCCAUCCCCAGGCAACUGCCUGGGUCCCACAUCUCGCCUGCGUUAUUCCAGGUUCCUGGAUCCUUCCAACAUCAUUUUCCUGCGCUGGGACUUUGACCUUAAAGCUGAAGUCAUCACUUUUGAGCUCCAGGUCCAGACAGCUGGCUGGGUGGGCUUGGGGGUCACAAAUCGCUACACCAGAGUGGGAAGUGAUCUGGUUGUUGGAGGAGUCUUGCCCGAUGGCAAUGUCUAUUUUUCGGACCAGCACCUGGUGGACGAAGACACCUUGAAGGAGGACGGGAACCAGGAUGCUGAGCUGCACGGGUUGACGGAAGAUGCUGUCUACACCACCAUGCGCUUUUCCAGGCCCUUCCGCUCCUGCGACCCCCAUGACCAGGACAUCACGGGCGACACCGUGAGGGUGCUGGCUGCCUACGGCCUGGAUGACACUCUGAAGCUGGAUCGGGACCGUACCUUUGUCAAGUCCAUCUUCCUGCUUCAAGUAGUCCACCCUGAUGAUCUGGACGUCCCUGAGGACACCAUCAUCCAUGACUUGGAGAUCACUGAUUUCCUCAUUCCAGAGGAUGACACCACGUAUGCCUGCACGUUUCUCCCUCUCCCCAUCGUUAGCAAGAAGCAUCACAUCUACAAGUUUGAGCCCAAGUUGAUCGACCACAAUGAGACGAUGGUGCAUCACAUCCUGGUGUACGCCUGCGGCAACGCCAGCGCUCUCCCGACGGGCAUCAGCGACUGCUACGGGGCCGACCCUGCCUUCUCCCUCUGCUCGCAGGUCAUCGUGGGCUGGGCUGUCGGGGGCACAAGUUACCAGUUUCCAGAUGACGUGGGCAUCUCUAUUGGGACCCCCUUGGACCCUCAGUGGAUCCGACUGGAGGUUCAUUACAGCAACUUUCACAACCUUCCUGGUGUGUACGACUCCUCGGGGAUUCGAGUGUACUACAGCUCUCAGCUGCGCAAAUACGACAUGGGCGUCCUCCAGCUGGGCUUCUUCACUUUCCCCAUCCACUUCAUACCCCCGGGCGCUGAGUCCUUCAUGUCCUACGGGCUGUGUAGGACGGAGAAGUUUGAAGAGAUGAACGGGGCCCCCGUGCCCGACAUACAGGUGUAUGGCUACCUGCUGCACACCCACCUGGCGGGGCGGGCUCUGCAGGCCGUGCAAUACAGAAAUGGAACACAACUCCAAACCAUCUGUAAAGAUGAUUCCUACGACUUCAACCUGCAGGAGACUCGAGAUCUACCUGCCCGGGUGGUGAUCAAGCCGGGAGAUGAGUUGCUGGUGGAAUGUCACUACCAGACACUGGACCGUGACUCCAUGACUUUCGGAGGUCCCAGCACCAUGAAUGAGAUGUGCCUCAUCUUCCUCUUCUACUAUCCCCGAAAUAACAUCUCCAGCUGCAUGGGGUACCCCGACAUCAUCUACGUGGCCCAUGAGCUGGGGGAGGAGGCAUCCGAGUGA